GGCACGAAGAACAUGUUGCCGCGUGGGCCAGCUUGCAAGAAGUGCCAUGAGACAGACCUACACCAUUGGUUUCACUCACAAAGGGUCGUUCGAGGAGGUCUGUGAAGAAAAGACGAUCAGUGAGAUGGUCAAGGCCGGCUGGGACGAGGCGCAUGGGGUGUUGCACGGCGAAGGCCCACCGCCAUUCAAGCAUAUGCAAUUGACUUCGGACUCGUCAGACGGCGUUACCAUCACCAAGUCUUACGUGGGCCUUUCCCGAAAGGAGGUCAUUGACCACUUCAAGCGUUUUCCAGAAGACGCCGGGUACAAGCUCGUCGACCUUCCUGACGUGGACGGCAAGCAGUUCAAAGGCGUCUUGAUGAAGAACCCGCAGAAGCCUUGGACAGAGUUUACCGUCACCUCUGGCAGCGGAGAAGUGGGUCUCACGCUCAACCAGGGCCAGGAGAAGGACAAGCUGAUUCAGGCGUGCAAGAGUUGCCAUCUCACCGUGGCACAGGUGACUGAGACGGUCAAGAAGCAGCGCGCUGACCUGGGCAUUGGUUCAGACUCUGACGAGCCUGGCCGUGGGGCCGCCGCUGCAGGCUCCUGUGCGGCCCCUGAUGAGUUCAAGGCCAGGAAGGUCGCAGCCCUGCCCAUCGAGCAGAUCCUUGCCACAAGGAAGAGCUUCGGCACCAAGCUCCGCUGGGGCAAGGAGGCCGUGGAGCAGCUCGCUGCUCAGGGGCACGCCGGCUUGGCGGACCAGCUGCAGGAGCACUUGGACCUCGCAAAGUCGGCGCACUUCUUCGUCGAGAACACAGUCGCCAAGACUCCGUGGGAGAGCAUCCUGAAGGAGGCGGUGUUUCUCAAGGGUCGCGGUGUCGAGGUCGAUUUGCGUUUCAAGGAUGAGCUGCACGAUAGAUUGCUCACCCACCUCACUGGCCAGGUUACUCUCGACACUGACUUGAUCGCGAAGUUCCUCAGUGUGAGCACCUCCGCUGCCUUCGACCCGACGGUCUGCAGCGUCGGCACUUUGGACGGCUCCCCAGCCGACAAGGACUCGAAGCUCAAGCGCGACUUCUAG